AUGUUGUGCUACCAACAGCAGUGCUUUCCUCCUCUCCACCAAGAGCACAUCUCCAUUAAGUGCCCCCAAACACACCCUCUGAUGCACAGAUGGCAGUCAGCAGUGUGCACCCCACAGUAUGUGACCCCCUGCACUCCUCGGCAGCGGUUUCUGUCAUCCAGCUUCUCCCCGCAGCAGUGUGUGACCCAGUGCAUACCACGGCAGCAGUAUGCAACCAAGUGCAUUCAACAGCAACAGCGUGUGACCCAGCACAUCCCACCCGCCAGGUGUGUGACAACCUGUGUGCCACAGCAGUCAUGUGCCACCCAAUGCACAUCGCAAGAGGCAUGUGUGACCAAGUGCGUGCCCCAGCAGCAGUGUGCAACCAAGUUCAUCCCACAGCAACAAUGUGCAACCAAGUGCAUCCCGCAGCAGCAGCAUUCAACCCGGUGUGUGACCACAUGCAUGCCGCAGCAGCCGUUCCUGACCAAGGGAAUCCACCAGCAGCACAGUGCGACCGUGUGCAUCCCGCAGCACUGCAUGACCACAUACACCCCACACCAGCAGUGUGCAACCAGAUGUGUGACCACGUGUGUGCCACAGCAGCGUGCCACCAGGUGUAUCUCGCAGCGUUAUGUGACCGCUUGUGCCCCGCAGCAAUGUGCCACCAAGUGCAUCCCACAGCAACAGUGUGCAACCAGGUGUGUGACCACGUGUGUGCCUCAGCCAUGUGAGACCAAUGGUGCAAACAUCUGUGUCCCGCAGCAGCACCAGUGUGCCACCAAAUGUGUCCCACAGCAGUGUGCCACCAAGGUCAUCCCGCAGCAGCACCAGUGUGCCACCAAGGGCAUCCCACAGCAGCACCAGUGUGUCACCAAGAACAUCCCACAGCAGCACCAGUGUGCCACCAAGUGUGUCCCACAGCAGUGUGCCACCAAGGGUGUUCCACAGCAGCACCAGUGUGUCACCAAAGGGAUCCCACAGCAGCAGCAGUGUGCCACCAAGUGUGUCCCACAGCAGUGUGCCACCAAGGGUGUCCCGCAACAGCAGCAGAGUGUUGCCAAGUGCGUCCCACAGCAGUGUGCCACCAAAGGGAUCCCCCAACAGUGCCAUUGUGCUACCAAGUGCAUCCCACAGCAGCAGCAGUGUGCCACCAAAGGAAUCCCACAGCAGCACCAGUGUGCCACCAAGGGCAUCCCACAACAGCACCAGUGUGCUACCAAGUGUGUCCCACAGCAGUGUGCCACCAAGGGUGUCCCACAACAGCAGCAGGGUGUUACCAAGUGCGUCCCACAGCAGUGUGCCACCAAGGGUAUCCCACAGCAAAGUGUGACUCAAUGCGUCCCACAGCAGCCUUAUCAGUCAGGUGGAGUAAAAAUUUCAAGCCAUUCUAAGAAAUACUGCUCUGCAUCCAAAUGGCCCUGGUAA